AUGGAUUUGAUGAACAGGGUGUUUAAGUAUUAUUUAGAUAAGUUCGUGAUUGUCUUCAUUGAUGACAUCUUGGUGUACUCUCGUUCGGAGGUAGAGAAUGAGCAACAUCUCUGGUUAGUAUUACAAAGAUUGAGGGAGCACUGGUUGUAUGCCAAGUUUAAGAAGUGCGGGUUUUGUUUACUGCAGGUGACAUUCCUUAGUCACAUUGUUAGUGGAGACGAGAUUAAGGUGGAUCUAGCCCAGGUUGAAGCAGUUGGGGAUUGGCCGAGGCCAAGGAUUGCCUUGAAGGUCAGGAGUUUCCUUGGGUUGGUAGAAUAUUAUCAGCGCUUUGUGGAAGGAUUCUCAAAGAUUGCUACACUACUGAUAGAGUUGACACGGAAGAACUUGAAGUUCGUGUAG